GAGACGUUCUUUCCACAGCUGGAAAGAGGAAUAAGCCUGGGGUGGAGGCUGCCAGCUCUCCAGAUUCUGUGCGAGGUCGAGGGGAAAAUAAAGCCAUCAAUGAUCUAGACAGAGACUUUUGGAAUAACAAUGACAGCAGCAACGUGCAACAGAGGUGGAGCUCCUACCCGCCCAAGGAGUUCCUCUUAAACAUGUCUCCCUAUGCUCCCUACGGAGACCCUCGCCUCACGCCCAAUUUCGGGGAUGCUUCCCUCUCGUCUGCUUCCACCCUGGAGCACAUCCCGUCCUCAGCCGUGGCGCGUCCUCGGCCCCUGGUCCGGCAGCAGAGCCUCCAACAGCCCCUCACUCACCAGCCCCCUCCGGGUCCCAACGACCCCCCGGUCACCUCACAAAGCUUGGGCCAGCUGCACACAGGCCCAGGCGGCGGGGGCCACCGUGGGGGCCCGCGCGGGGUCCGGGGGAGUCCGGCUGGAGCCUCCCGGUACAGAGGAACCGGUGCAGGCCGAUCAAGGUCAAAUCCUGGCAGCUGGGAUCACAUGGUGGAGCAGAUCCGCAACAGAGGGCUGGACGUCAAGUCGUUUUUUGAGGGGAAGAUGGUUGUUCUGUCUCUAGCAAUCGGGCUGGCUGAACAGGAUGACUUUGCCAACCUCCCAGAUCUACAGGAAGCACCAGCAAGCAAAGAAAACGAAACCACACCAGAAAAGAGGCUCCCGACCCCAGGUAACAAACCAGGCAGCAGCCCCAGAGGUCAGACCCCAGAUGAGACUGGACGCCGCCACGAUGCUAACUCCUCUGUUUCUGAUUUGGCCAACUCAGUCACCAGUGACAUGCUCAUGUUGUCUCCAGGUUCAGAGGAAGAUGAUCAUGAGGGUCCAGUGUGUGAGAAGCUGGGUCGUAUUCAGUUCAGUGUUGGAUACAGUUUUCAGGACUCCACCCUCACUGUCAAAAUUCUCAAGGGCCAGGAUUUGCCUGCUAAGGACUUUUCCGGCACUUCUGAUCCAUUUGUCAAACUCUACCUGCUGCCAGACAAGAAGCACAAAUUGGAGACCAAAGUCAAGAGGAAGAACCUAAACCCCCACUGGAAUGAAACCUUUCUGUUUGAAGGAUUCCCCUAUGAGAAGGUGGUCCAGAGGACUCUAUACCUGCAGGUUCUCGACUACGACCGCUUCAGCAGGAAUGACCCCAUAGGAGAGGUGUCCAUCCCUCUCAACAAACUGGACCUGGCCAACAUGCAGACUUUCUGGAAGGAGCUGAAACCAUGCAGCGAUGGCAGCGGGAGUCGAGGGGAUCUGCUGGUGUCUCUGUGCUACAACCCCACAGCCAACACCAUCACUGUGAGCAUCAUCAAAGCCCGCAACCUCAAAGCCAUGGAUAUUGGAGGCACUUCUGACCCCUAUGUAAAAGUGUGGUUGAUGCACAAGGACAAGCGCGUGGAGAAGAAGAAGACAGUGGUAAUGAAGCGCUGUCUGAACCCUGUUUUCAACGAGUCCUUCCCCUUUGAUGUGCCUGCCCAUGUGCUGAGGGAGACCACCAUAAUUAUCACCGUCAUGGACAAGGACAGGCUCAGUCGCAAUGAUGUCAUUGGAAAGAUUUAUCUCUCAUGGAAGAGUGGCCCUGCAGAGGUAAAACACUGGAAAGACAUGAUGGGUCGCCCUCGUACUGCUGUGUCCCAGUGGCACGCUCUCAAGGCCUGAGUUACCCAGCGACCAACCUGCCUAUAGUGUUUCCCCCACUCAGAAUUCAGCAUCAGCAUUUCAGCCCCUGCCCUCAACCCAUAUCCCCUCCUCCCCUAACUUCAGUCUCGGGCUGCAGACAAUGUGUGUCAUCUCUUUGUUCUCAGGCCUCUUUGAUAUCCUCUGCCCUUAGUCCUCAUGACACCAUCCUUAAAUUACACCCAUGUCAAGUUUUGAUUCCCACCUGACCCCCACCCUCUCUCAUCCAUUUGUCUGAAGUUAAAAAACGUCUUUAAUGUCUUCACUCACUUCCUCCUUGUGCCCUCUUUCUAUGAGAUUUCUUUUCAAGAUACCCUUCAGUCUUUCCUCCACCUUGUCAACCAUUCCCAGUGUUUAACAUCAGAGCAGUACAUUUUGCCACCCAUGAAUACAAACUACCAACCAAAAAUGGAUCAAACUGGUAUUCCAACCAUCCGCUGUGGUGGCAAGACGGGCUGUGUUAAACCAUGCACCUAAGUGUGAAUGGCACUGAUCUGUGCAACUCAUUUCCACCUACAUCUGGUGUUGCAGUGCGGAAUCUUUUCUCCUCCUCUGUUCAAGUCCUCUUCCAUUACUAUCACUAUUCCUCCAUACCCUUAAAAUGCCUGAAAAAUCAGGAAAACCGACACAGGCAAUGGAAAAGUGAUGGGCUGUAUUUAAAAUGGA